CGUCCAAAAUCAUCAAAAUCCGCGUAUGAAACCACUACUUACCCUUUAUCUUUUUCCCAGAAACGGAAGCAGAGCUCUGCAAAUUGGCUUUUCUACUUUCAAAAGUAAACAUCUACUAAGAAUAGUGAUCCACCUUUCAUCUCCAUUAUAUCAACUCAAAUUACGAAUGCCCAUCUUCACCUCUCUUGAUUCAGUGUAGAAAGAAACGACGCCCUGAUUAAGCUCUCUGUUCAUCAACUCUCAUGGCUGCUGCUGUUGGAUCGAAAAAGGUUACCUAUGCGCUGAUUUGGGCUUCUAUAUGGAUACUCUGUUCUUCUUCUUCUUCUUCAUCAUCUUCUUCUCAAGCUGCUGCUGCUGCUGUUGUAACCCACGACGACGACAACCCUUAUGCGACACUAACUAGUAUCAAUGAUACGUCAUCGAUUGAGGCGGUGGAGAGGCCGCUGCCGCCGCCGAUGAAUGGAUCGGAGACACCAGUACCACUAGAUGAAGAUGAGGAUGAUGUUGAUGAUGAGAAUCACUGGUGGGUGGACCUGUUUUUCAGUGCGGGCGAAGUAUUUUUCUUUGUUGCGUUGGGAUCUGUUGUCGUUUGCACAAUAGUUUGGAUCCUGAAAAUAGCCCAUAAGGAAUGUGGAAAGGGCGUUCCAGUGACUGACACCGUGACACGUCCACAGGGACCCGACCCUGAGAAUCAUCGUUGAUCGUCUUGGUCAAUUCUGUCAGAUUAAAAGCUGCGUUGUCUC